UGCUUUUCUUCUAUAUAUAUUUCAAGUAAACUUCAGUUAGUUUCUGAUAUAAUUAACCUUCAAGAAAAACACCCCAUUACAUUGAAACAAUAAGCAAGAAAAUCAAAGGGACAAGACGGAAAAAAAAGUUUUUAGAUUAUAGAGAAUUCAAGAAAUGGCGCCAGUGAAGAAUAAAGAAAAUGCUGGAAUGUUGAGGGUGAAGGGAGCAGUGAAGAAACCAGUUUCUAAGGCGUAUUCUUUUGGUAGCGAUAUGAAGAAAAUAGCAGAAGAUGAUCCAAGGAAAAUUGUUCAUUCAAUUAAGGUUGGAUUGACCAUUGCCUUGGUCUCAUUGUUCUACUACUUUGAACCUUUCUUUCAUUACGAGGGAUUUGGUGUUUCUGCAAUGUGGGCAGUUUUGACUGUUGUCGUCGUCUUCGAGUUCUCUGUUGGAGCAACACUUGGGAAAAGCGUAAAUAGAGGAAUUGCAACGUUUCUAGCUGGUUCAUUAGGUGUUGGAGCUCAUAAACUUGUUUACUUAUCAGGGUCAGAUAAAUUGCAACCAGUUGUACUUGGAUUAUCUGUUUUCUUAAUAGCUGCAAUAGCCACGUUUAUGAGAUUUGUACCAAAAUUGAAAGCGAGAUAUGACUAUGGCAUUCUCAUUUUCAUUUUGACAUUCUCUUUGAUCUCUGUUUCUGGGUAUCGAGACGAUGAGGUGUUCGAUAUGGCGAUUACUAGGGUUACGACGAUCCUUAUCGGCGGCGCGGCCGCGGUUCUGUUUAAUGUGGUCAUAUGCCCUGUUUGGGCUGGUGAAGAUCUUCACAAUUUAGUCGCCACAAAUAUUGAAAAGCUUGGAAUUUCCCUUGAAGGUACAUCUUUCCUCACUUUGAUAGAUCGGCAUAUAAAUAAUGUACUACACCUUCCGUUUAUGGUUUUUGACAUAUAUUAAGAAAAAAGUUGUUAUAUACAUGGUCAAUUAAGAAUUUUAUACACCAUCAAAAGAUAUCUAUAUGUAAGCCUUUUUAAAACGUGAGAUUUGUAAUCUUGAAACCAAGAUAUGUUACCUAAAGAUAGGGGUGACCUGGAGUUGUAAGAAAUUUCUCAUAUUUCGAUUUAUAUAACUUAAACUCUUAAGAUAACAAUUUAAUACUUCCUAAUCAUUGAUUUCUUUUUUACUAAAUCACCCUUAUCCCUUGCUUAAAUGAAUAAUUAAUGGUUGUAUACUUCUUUGGAGUAACAAUAAUAGAAUCUAUAUUUAUAUCUAUACUAUAUUAAAAGCACGAAGGCCCUUAGCGAAAUAUCGUUUGACUUUUUUACCUUAAAAAAUUAAGUUUAUAUUGGACAAAAUAGUAAUUUAAUUAUUUUUUAAUAUUUAAGAAUAGUAAUUUAACUCAUCCUAAAAUUUAGGAUUUCAAAAUCAAUUAAACAUUGCGUACCAAAUCCUUCCUUAUUUAAGCUGUGUAUGUAAUAUAACAUAUCUGUAAAAAAAAAUUGUAUGUUUCGUCAACAUGUAAAAAUCUUUGGAUGGAACACUUUCAAUUCCUAAAGUCAUAGGAGUAUUAAGAAACGUCUUUUUUUUUUUAACACUAACCGAUUAUAUUUCUAUAAAUAUUUUAUGCAAAAGUUUCGUUAAGUAUUUAUAUAUUUUUUAGGUUAUAAUCCAUUAUUUUCAAUUCUUUUACUUAGGAGUUUUAUUAAUAUACAUUUGGCUAAAAGAAAGGGAGGACGAGGGUGUGAAUAGAAAAAAGGAAAAAAACAUAUACCAAAUUAUUUC